ACACUUGUAAAUUGUACCACUCUUCCAUCAUCUUCUAUUAGCAUUAAUUCCUCACCAACCAAAAAUAAAAACCAAAACUUCCUCUUAGUGAAUUUCUUGAGCUUAAUUUUGUGAUCAACAAUGGCGGAGAAAGAAUCCCAGUUGAAUGGUUCCUACCCCGGCCCAUCUAUACCACCGCCGAACCAAGAAGACAAACACAAAAGCCGUGGCCGCUUUUGUUGCCUUUUUGGCUGCCUUUGGAAAACCAUAGUGGCCUUGAUUCUCAUCAUUGUCCUUGCUAUCUUCAUCUGUUGGCUUAUCCUUCAACCCAGAAUGUUCAAGGUCCAUAUCACGGAUGCCAAACUCACUCAGUUCAAUUUCACAAACAACAACAACAAUCUUCAAUACAAACUCGACCUCAACAUCACUCUCAGAAACCCCAACAAGAAGAUGGCUAUCUACUUCGACAAAAUCGAGGCCAAUGCGUUCUACGAGGGCCAGAGGUUCGAUACAGAAAAUUUGGCGAAAUGGGGUUUUAAAGUAGAACGCAAGAGUACGCAUUUUUUGAAUGCAACGUUUGCAGGUCAGCAAUGGAUGGAGCUUGGAGCUAAUGAGCUUGACUUCAAUGAGGAAAAAAGUGUUGGGGUCUAUAGCAUUUAUUUGAAGUGCUAUCUUCGUAUUAGGUUCAGGAUUGGAGAUUUCAUUGGUGGACAUCACAAGCCCAAGGUUAGGUGCGGAUUGAAAGUUCCAUUGAUUUCUAAUGGAAAUUUAUCAACAGCUCGAUUUGAGAUUACCAGGUGCGACGUCCAAUUGUUCUAAUUGCCCGAGACCAUUGUCACAUUUGAUUCAGGAUGGUGUAAUUCUUAGUAGUCUUUAUUUUAUUAUCAUGGUUUCUUCAUUGUUUUGUUAUUGUGUGUAAAAUAUGCACUUGGGUUUAAGAGAUAUAGAGCUGGUGAAUAUCAGAUUAUGUAUGCUUUCAGUCUUUAUAGGUUCUAUCUUUGUAUGAUUUUU